AUGACUGUUACGGGCAAUUUUGGAAUAAUGCACAGGCCUUGCUUUUCUGGAUACCCAUUUCAAGGACAAGGACGCGUUAACCAACUAGGGGGUGUGUUCAUUAACGGCAGACCACUGCCCAACCACAUAAGGCUGAAGAUAGUGGAGAUGGCCGCCGCCGGAGUCCGGCCCUGCGUCAUCUCGAGACAGCUCAGGGUGUCGCACGGGUGCGUCAGCAAGAUCCUCAACAGGUACCAGGAGACGGGAUCCAUCAGGCCGGGCGUGAUUGGCGGAUCCAAACCUCGCGUCGCGACGCCUGAGGUGGAGAGUCGUAUAGAACAAUACAAGCGCGAAAAUCCGUCGAUCUUCAGUUGGGAAAUCAGAGACAGAUUGGUGAAAGAGGGAAUCUGUGAUAGGAGCACCGCCCCCAGCGUUUCGGCUAUCUCGAGACUCCUCAGGGGCAAAGGCGGAGAAUGCGACGACAAAUCUAGCGACAACGAGGGCGGUUCCGACUGCGACAGCGAACCGGGCAUCCCCCUCAAGCGCAAACAGCGCCGUUCCCGCACCACCUUCACCGCCCACCAGCUGGACGAGCUGGAGAAGGCCUUCGAGCGGACCCAGUACCCGGACAUCUACACCAGAGAGGAGCUGGCCCAGAGGACCAAAUUAACCGAGGCCAGGAUCCAGGUGUGGUUCAGCAACAGGAGGGCUAGGCUGAGAAAGCAGCUGUCGUCGACGUCUUCCUCGUACACACCUUUGGGUGUGGUCGGGGGGCCGUACAGCGCCCCCACGACUCCCUACGCAUCAACUCUGGGCCAGGGAAUCAACGAAGGUGGGUUCGCCACCGGCGCACCGGCUGCUGGUUCCAAUCAAAUGACGGAACUGUAUCCAAGCCACGGCCACUCCACUUCCCCAAACCUCCCGAUAUCCGACGUAAAAUGGGAGCACUCCCUCCCCCACAACCCCUACACGGCUCACCCCAUCUACUCCACGUCCAACUUGAUGCCGCUCUCCCAGAACAUGACACCCACGACCUCUCUUACUUCCAACGUGCAGCCUAGCACUUCGCCCAUCACCAACUUGUCUUCCAACACCCUCCAGAGCCUGCCGCCGCCCCAGCAGACGGAGAUGAACGAGUACAAGGAUGGGAACGACAAUACGGUGCAGCAUUCUUCCAGUCCCGUGACCCAGCAGGGGUACAACAACAUGCCACCCACCCCAACGAGUAUCGUCACCAUGUUGGGACCCAACAGCG